AUGAUUAAACCGACAAAUAAAAAUUCUGAUUAUCGUGAAGAAGAACGAUUAACAUGUGUACUUGUACUUGAUACAUUUAACAUUUACAUAAAUGAAAUCGUUUCUCAUACAUCACUUCCAUUAUGUUUAUGGCCUGUUGAUGGUCGACCAUUACUUGACUAUACUAUUCAUACAUUAAUACGAUCAGGUAUACAAGAAAUUAUUUUAUUAGCAACAUCAUAUUCAUAUGAUAUUCGUUCAUAUAUAAUGAAUAGUCACUGGUUACGAACAUAUCCAAAAUUAAUUAAAUUGAUUCCUUGUAAAGAAGCACGUUCACUAGGUGAUUGUUUAAAGGAUCUUGAACAAGAAAAUAUAAUAAAUAAUCCUUUUUUAUUACUAUAUGGUAAUGGUACAUUAAUAACAAAUGAAAAAUUAAAGAAUUUAUUUAAUAUUCAUAAAGAUAAUAUAAAAAGAGAUAAAAAUUGUGUAAUGACACUUGUUUAUCGUCAAUUAGAUUCAAAUCAUUUUGAACAUCCAUCAUAUACAGAUGAUCAAUAUUUAUGUAUCGUACGUGAUGCUAAUACACAUCGUUUAUAUGAUUAUUCAACAGAAUAUCUUGAUACAUAUGAAAUAUCACUUGAUUUAUUAGAAAAACCAAAUGUAACUAUUGAAACAUUAUAUUGUCCAUUGGAUUGUCGUAUAGCAGUUUGUUCACCUGAUGUCUUACAUUUAUUUAAAGAUAAUUUUGAUUUUUUAACAAUUAAUGAAUUCGUUAAAGGUGUUUUACGUGAUGAAGAAAUAGCUGGUCAUACAAUAUAUUCAUAUUUAUAUGAAACAGGUUAUUUUCUUUCCGUACAUAACUUACGAUUAUAUAUGAAAGCAACAUUUGAUAUUCUUCGUCGAUGGUCAUAUCCACUUGUACCUGAAAUAAUAGCAUCAAUGCACAAACAACAAUUAUCAACAGUUACAACUCCAAUAUCACCUCAAAUAAGAUUAAAUGAUUCAUGUUUAUCAUUUUAUAAUAUAUGUUAUCCAAUAAUUUAUGAUAAACAUAAUAUAUAUAAACAAGGUGAUAUACAAUUAGAUCGUUUAUCAAAUAUUCAACAAGAUGUUUUUAUUGGUUAUAAAAGUCAAAUUUUAUCCGGUGUACGUAUAUGUUCAUCACUUAUAGGACAAAAUUGUAUUAUUGGUAAAAAUACUAAAAUUGAAAAUUCAAUUAUAUGGAAUCAUGUACAAAUAGGUGAAAAUUGUAUUAUUAAAAAUUCUAUCAUAUGUGAUAAUGUACUUAUUCGUAAUAAUGUACAAAUUGAUAAUGAAUGUGUACUUUGUAAAAAUGUUAUUAUUGGUACAAAUGUUCAUUUAAAUUCACGUAUGAUUAUAAUUGCAUCGAAUUCUAUAACAUCAACAACUGUAGUAGAUGAAAUUGAAAUUGAUGAUAAUAUUCCAAUACCAUCCAAAAAUGUUAAACGUUCCAAUUCUAAACAAAGAUCUAGUUCAACAAGAAUAUCAGAGAAGUCUUUUUCAGAAAAAUCAAUUAGUUCAAGUACUGACGAACCUGUAACAUCAAAUAGUGAUCUAGUUGGUAGUGAUGGUUUAGGUAGGCAACUUAGUUUUGCUUCUACACAUGAUGAUCAAACAAAACAUAUUGAGCAUACAGAUGAUGAUGAUGAUGAUGAUGAUAUCAAUGAUAAUGAUCAAAAUGGAUUAAAUGCAUUUGAUGCAUGGGGCUAUUGUAUAGAACAUAAAGAAUUACCACUUGGUGAUGAGAUUGAUGAGAUUAGACCUCAACCAUAUCGUUCACCUAAUUUAGAAAGACCUUCUAAUCAACCAACAGAUAUUCCAUCGGAAGAUGAAACAUCAGAAACUGAUGAUAAUGAAGAUUCAUCAUCAGAAACUAGUUCAAUAGAUGAAACAAAUGAUGUUAGUGAAUUUCAACAAGAGGUUAUUCGUUCAUUGGAACGUGCUUAUACACAAAAACUUCAUAUAGAAAAUAUUAUUGUUGAAUUAAAUAUGUUAAAACCAACAUAUGAUGUAUCACCUACGGAAUUUGAUCAAUCUAUAGUACAUGCUGUAUUUUUAUUACCAUUUGAAAAGAAAAUAUCGAAUUCAGAAAAAACAAAUUAUUGGAAUACAUUAAAAUUAACUUUGGAUCAAAUAACACAAUUUAUAUUAAAAAAUUAUAUGAAAAUAACAAAUAAACAAUCACAAAUAGCAUUAUUAAAUGAAUUAAAUUUAAUUUGUUUAAAACAUAUUCAACCAAUUGGUGAACGUAUUGUUAAUAUAUUAAAUUAUUUAUAUGACAAUGAUGUUAUUGAUGAAAAAUGGAUAAUUCAAUGGUAUGAUGAUAAACAAGAAAAAAUUAAAAAUAAUCAAUUAAUAAUAAAACCAGAAGAGAAAAUUUACUAUGAUAAACUUAAACAAUUUGUUGAAUGGUUGCAAAAUGCUGAAAGUGAAGAUAAUGAUGAAGACGAUGAAGAUUAG